AUGUCAACACUAUCCACUUUCCACCUCUUCCCCAGCCUCCCCGUCGAGAUCCGCCUCAAAAUCUGGUCUUUACUCCUCUCAAUUCCUCGAUCGGUAAGAUGUACCCAAAACAUCAUAAGUCAUGCCGCCCCUCGCGUUAUCAAAGUCUGGGAUACCGAUACUCCAUCCCCGCCUCUUCUCCACGUGAACCGCGAAUCUCGGUACGAAGCCCUCGCCGUCUAUGCACCAUAUUUCGCCACCCCUUCUAAUCCACGACCCAUAUAUCUCUCCCUCCCUCAAGACGUGGUCAGGUUCACGGAUGGCCUCCUGCCUUAUAUCCCCGAUGGACCCCUGAAUGAGAUCCAGCAUAUGAUUACGGAUACGAAAGAUUGUGCUUAUUUUGGGUACUAUCACAUGGGCACUCUAAAGAGCAUGAAGAGGCUGAGGGAGCUGGAGAUAUAUGCAGAGAAGGGCCUAGUCUAUGGAGGGGAUGAUACGGAUCGGUUUAUUAAUUUGCUCGUGUCAGAAUUUGAGGACGCGAUGGAGGCUGAUCCAGGGUGGGAAUGUCCAAAAGUCAGGAUUGUCGAUGCGCAGACAGGAAAGGACUUGAGGUUUAUUGAGGGUGGGGCAAAAAUACCAGGAUGGGUACCUGAGGAAAUUGUCUAUGUAUAUGAUGAUGAAUAUUAG